UGACGUAAUUUGUAUCGGCGGCGCCGCCGAGGAAAAGAGGUGGACGGAAAGCGGCAUGGGCUUCAGAGGGCCGCGGUGGAGCUCGGGGAAAACAGCGGCGGUGGGAUUCUUAAUGGAUUGGGGCUGGAAGGACAGUUGAUAGCCAUCAUGGGGCAGAGCGAAUCGGAGCCGCAGGAGGAGCAAGAGGAUGCAACCUUGACAGCUGUGCUUUCCAACAUCAAGCUCUUUUUGGAGGAUCAGCUCCAGACCAGCAUGGUGCUGGGGGUUAUGAUAGGAGUCGGGCUCUCUGUGCUGCUUGUCGCUGCCUUGGUCCUGAUCCUGAUCCGCCGGUUUCGCCUUCGGAAAGUUCAAACCCAGGAGCAGCCAAAGUAUCGAUUCCGCAAGCGAGACAAAGUGUUGUUUUAUGGCCGGAAAAUUAUGCGCAAGGUUUCUCAGUCCACCUCCUCCCUUGUAGAUACCACCAUCUCUGCUUCUCGGCCGCGCAUGAAGAAAAAGCUCAAAAUGUUAAAUAUUGCAAAAAAGAUCCUGCGUAUCAAGAAGGAGUUGCCAACUCUUCAACUGAAGGAACCACCCCCUUCUGUCCUGGAGGCUGAUCUCACAGAAUUUGAUGUGGCCAACUCUCAUCUCCCCUCAGAGGUGCUUUACAUGCUAAAGAAUGUGCGUGUGCUGGGUCACUUUGAGAAGCCCUUGUUCUUGGAGCUCUGCAAACACAUGACCUUCCAACAGUACCAGCAAGGCGAGUAUGUCUUUCGCCCAGGUCAGCCUGACACCAGCAUCUAUGUGGUCCAGGAUGGAAAACUGGAGCUCUUUCUGUCUGAACAGGAUGGAAAAGAGACCCUUGUGAAGGAAGUGUUCCCAGGUGACAGCGUGCACAGCCUCCUCAGCAUCCUGGACGUCAUCACGGGUCACCAAAGGCCAUACCGGACAGUGUCUGCACGUGUGGCUGAGGACUCCACGGUGCUACGUCUGCCGGUCGAGGCCUUCUCCGCUGUCUUUGAGAAGUACCCUGAGAGCCUUGUCCGAGUCGUGCAGAUCAUCAUGGUACGCCUGCAGAGAGUCACCUUCUUGGCCUUGCACAACUAUCUCGGCCUGACAAAUGAGCUUUUCAGCCAUGACAUGCAGCCACUGCGUCUUUUCCCCCAGUCAAGCCACACUUCCCGUACCAGCCCUGUCCGGCAUAGCAAGCGGGUCAUUAGUGCCUCCUCUGUUGAAGAUACCAAGGAGAGUGCUGGAAAGCAGCUAGAUGUUUCCCCCAGGGACCAAGGUGACCCCUUGAAGCCAGGUUUACUGGAGCCCCCAGCUGCCCUGCCAUUGAGUCGUUGCAUCUCCAUGCCAGUUGACAUCUCAGGGAUCCAGAAGGGGCCCCGCUCAGAUUUUGACAUGGCCUAUGAGCGAGGCCGCAUCUCGGUGUCUCUUCAGGAAGAGGGCUCUGUCUUUUCCAGGUCAAUCUCCCAUGAGUCCCGUGAUCGGAAGUCAGUGACCGUGGAAGAGCAACCCUCUGGGAUCUAUCACUACAACUACUGCGAGGAUGAGUCGGUGACUGGCGACUGUCCCUUUGGGCCCUAUCAAGGCCGCCAAACCAGCGCCAUCUUUGAGGCUGCCAAGAGAGAGCUGGUUAAGCUUAUGAAAAUUGAGGAUCCAUCCCUCCUCAACAACCGAGUCUUGUUGCACCAUGCCAAAGCUGGGACAGUGAUUGCCCGCCAAGGAGACCAGGAUGUCAGUCUGCACUUUGUGCUCUGGGGCUGCCUGCAUGUUUACCAGAGGAUGAUUGACAAGGCUGAAGAUGUGUGCCUCUUCUUGACACAGCCUGGUGAGAUGGUGGGCCAGCUAGCUGUACUCACAGGGGAGCCACUCAUCUUUACCAUCAAGGCCAACCGUGACUGUACUUUCCUCAAGAUUUCCAAAUCCGACUUCUAUGAGAUAAUGCGGGAACAGCCAAGCGUGGUCCUGAACGUAGCUCAUACUGUAGCCGCUCGAAUGUCUCCAUUUGUGAGACAGAUGGAUUUUGCUAUUGACUGGAUGGCAGUGGAGGCUGGGCGGGCUCUUUACAGGCAGGGUGACAAAUCUGACUGCACCUACAUUGUGCUAAAUGGGCGGCUACGUUCUGUGAUCCAGAAGAGCAAUGGCAAGAAGGAGCUAGUUGGAGAGUAUGGGCGUGGUGACCUCAUUGGAGUGGUAGAAGCCCUGACCCACCAAGUCCGAGCCACCACCGUUCAUGCUGUGAGGGAUACAGAGUUGGCUAAGCUCCCAGAAGGGACGCUCAGUAAUAUCAAACGACGUUAUCCUCAGGUGGUCACUCGCCUUAUCCACCUGCUGAGUCAGAAGAUCCUGGGCAACCUGCAGCAGUUGCGUGGCCCCUUUCCAGGUUCCGGUCUUGGCAUGGCCUCCAGCUCAGAGCUGACCAACCCAGCUAGUAACCUCUCGACGGUGGCGGUCCUUCCAGUGUGUACUGAAGUGCCAAUGGCAGCUUUCACCCUGGAACUGAAGCAUGCUCUGAACGCCAUUGGCCCAACCCUGUUGCUCACCAGCGACAUCAUACGGGCUCGUCUUGGGGCAUCAGCAUUGGACAGCAUCCAUGAAUAUCGACUGUCUGGCUGGCUGGCCCAGCAAGAGGAUAUCCAUCGCAUUGUGCUGUACCAGACUGAUUAUACCUUGACGCCCUGGACAGUACGCUGUAUCCGCCAAGCUGACUGCAUUCUCAUUGUGGGCCUGGGAGACCAAGAACCCACGCUGGGUGAGCUGGAGCAGAUGCUGGAGAACACGGCCGUGCGUGCCCUGAAGCAGCUCAUCCUUCUGCACCGGGAGGAUGGUCCCAGUCCUGCCCGCACGGUUGAAUGGCUCAACAUGCGCAGCUGGUGCUCAGGACAUCUGCACAUCAAGUGUCCACGUAGGGUUUUUUCACGACGCAGCCCCAACAAGCUGAGAGAGAUGUACGAGAAAGUUUUUGAGAAGAGUGCAGAUCGCCACAGCGACUUCUCCCGUUUGGCCCGUGUCCUUACAGGCAACACAAUUGCUUUGGUUCUGGGUGGUGGUGGGGCCAGGGGCUGUUCUCACAUCGGGGUGAUCAAGGCCAUGGAGGAAGCUGGUCUCCCCAUUGACCUGAUUGGUGGUACCUCAAUUGGAUCCUUCAUUGGCGCCCUGUAUGCUGAGGAGAGGAGUGCAGUGCGCACAAAGCAGCGAGCCAGAGAAUGGGCCAAAAGCAUGAAUUCAGUGUUUGCCACUGUGCUGGACCUCACGUACCCCAUAACCUCCAUGUUCUCUGGCUCUGCCUUCAACACCAGCAUCCACAAGGUUUUCCAGGACAAGCAAAUCGAGGAUCUGUGGCUCCCCUACUUUAACGUCACAACAGACAUCACCGCCUCGGCCAUGCGAGUCCAUAAAGAUGGCUCGCUGUGGCGGUAUGUGCGAGCUAGCAUGACCCUUUCCGGGUACCUACCGCCACUCUGCGACCCCAAGGACGGCAAUUUACUGAUGGACGGCGGCUACAUCAACAACCUUCCAGCUGAUAUUGCUCGCAACAUGGGUGCCAAGACAGUCAUUGCCAUUGAUGUGGGUAGCCAAGAUGAAACUGAUCUCUGCAACUAUGGGGACAGCCUGUCCGGGUGGUGGUUGCUGUGGAAACGUCUCAACCCUUGGGCCGAGAAGGUCAAGGUGCCUGACAUGGCAGAGAUCCAGUCCCGCCUGGCCUACGUCUCUUGUGUGCGGCAGUUAGAGGUCGUGAAGAACAGCUCUUACUGCGAGUACAUUCGCCCUCCCAUUGAUCGCUUCAAAACCAUGGACUUUGGCAAGUUCGACGAAAUCUAUGAGGUUGGAUACCAACAUGGAAAAGUGGUGUUUGGUGGCUGGAGCCGAGGUGACAUCAUUGAAAAAAUGGUUAAGGACCGUCACUCCGCAGAUUUCUAUGAGAGCAAACGCAUGGAUGUGCUGAUGUGUCCCAGUGCAGGAUUCACAGACCUGGCAGAGAUUGUCUCUCGCAUUGAGCCCGCCAAAAGCUACCUGUCAGACAGCUAUGCUGAUGGAGAAGAGUCAGACUAUCUGACUGAGUAUGAAGAAGAGGGGAUGGAUGCUGUCCGAGAAGAAGAAGACCAGGAAUUGCAUUUUGCCUCAACAGAGCAAAAUGGUGUAUUUGAAACAGAUGAGGAGAAAAGCCUGCGACAUCGUCGAGGGACCCCCCAGGAGCCUCCUGCCCCUCUAGCUACUUCCACCCCUUGAGGGGGUGCCGUUGCAUUGCCUCUGGGACCAUAUUGUGCACUAACCCUGUGAGGUGUUAUGUGAGAGGCGUGGCAAGGGGUCUCCCAGACCUCCUAAUUCAACCUGUCACCGUCGGGCAAGCCCAGAAGUAAACCUCCAGGACCACCACCAGCACCUCCAGUGCACCCUUUAAGCUUUUCCUGCAACAUCAGAAGAUGACCUGGUGGGAUUUUUACCUUCCGGCAUGAACCAGGAACAAAGGGAAAUAUGGCACUGAGGGACCUGCCGGUGACAAGGCCCUGGGGGCUGCUACAGUGUAAUUUGGGGGGGGGUUGGGUUAGCCACUUUGCAGUCCUAAUGCUUUCAGGUCUGGUUUGUUUGCCAGGCAGGGCUACUGGGGCCAUCGAAGGCGUGCUUAGUUCUUCCAAGCCACCCUUCUUCUCCAGCUCACUGCUGUUUGAAACAGCCCUGAAGUCCACGUGAGGGGAGAGGAGGGGAAACAGCACUUUACUUAUGCUGCACUCCAUGUUAGAAAGACAUGGGGAGAAGAUAAGAGAUGAUGAAUGAGCUGGAGUCUUGUGUCUCAGCUCGCUGUGAGAGGGCAUUCCAAUUACAAGGCCCAAAACAGAAGCGUCUGCUGCCUCCCUGCUCCUCGUUCAGCUCUUCCACGACGGGCUUAAGCACUUAUGGGGGCACCACCUGCUCGAGGAGGUGCAGACGCCUGCGUUGUUCCUGUGUUGGCUAACGUAUUCCUGCUUUGAGCUGAGCCCUAGUGUUCCUCGGCUUUUAUGUUCUUAGGCAGCCAAAGGUUACAAACAUGGGCCACAUUGACUGUUCUAUUUUUAUUCUAAAAAAUGAAAACAUACCAAAAAACAAAAAAACACUGUUCUUAUUGUUGUC